AUGGAUGUGAAUAAUGUGUUCAUGGCGGAGGACGAACUGGUUGAACAAGGAUUAUUCAUCGAUGACAUCCACAGACUUCGUAUCCUUGAUCCUUCCUUGGCCGAUCAGACAAAAAUUCUCAAGACCGAAUGCGAUCAAUUCCUCCAGACAACGAACAAUUUCGAUAAGACGGUCGACACAUUUAAAAAGGAGGCCAGCAGAACAGCAGCGGCUGUUGAAAUAGAGAAAAAACGGGCUAUCGGUUACCGGCUGUUACUGGAUUCAUUGCGUAAGAAAAAGGAACAAGAUCAGCGUCAAAUGAUGGCAGAAGUUGAUCGUAAACGCUUAAAACUGGAGCAACUUCGCGUCGAGAUUGAGAUGCUUCAAAAAGCGGAUCAUUUCCAUCAAGAAAUUCUCGAUCAGUUUCAAAUGCUUCAUUAAUGUGCAUAUCGGCUAUAUUUCUUAUUUUAAUUUAUACAUUAUUUUCUGAUUGAUGGUGCCUUCAGGCUAAAGAAUUUUGUGCAUCUACUUUGUCCCAAAACUGUAACAUAAAUUGCUGGGUCAAGCAACUUUUUUAGAAUUACUUCACAAAAGCACAAAACCACUCCACCCCUGUCAUCCCCAUAAGCCAGAACGCUUUAUUCUGUUUCUUUAUGAUUGAACUUACUCGAGGGCCAGAGAAAUCGUCCUUUUAUUUGAAAUACACACUUUAUUUGCAACAUCAA